GAGCGCGCGCGUUCGCAGAAUAUUCUGGGUAUUUACUUCCCGUGACGGCUGGCAUGAAACGAGGAAACUUCCUUCAUUGUUUGUCCAGCCUGAUAUUUUUUAACCAAAGCUCUACAAAAAAAAAAACGAAACAAUGCCACUCACACCUCUCGUUUACUGGGCUCAACGCCAUGAAGAUAUUUACCUGCGAGUGGAGCUGACAGACGCCCAGAAUAUUGAUGUCAAUGUGAAUGACAACAUGCUUCAGUUUAGAGCCCAGGGCCACGGUGCAAAAGGACAAAAUGAAUAUGAGUUCAGCUUGGAGUUUCUUUUACCAGUAAAGUCAGAGGUGAGCCACAAGUCCACGCAGCGUCAGGUGAAUAUUACAGUGCGGAAAGAGCAGCGAGGCUGGUGGAAAAGACUGACGCUACAGGAGCGCAAACCAGUCUUCCUGGCACCAGACUUUGACCGUUGGCUGGACGAGUCAGAUGCUGAGAUGGAGAUCCGGGAAAAGGAGGAGAAAAGGAACAUGCUGAAGGCAUCAAGGCAUAAAGAGGAAGGUUUUGUCAGCCUGAAAACAGGAUUUUUGUUUGUAUAUAACCUGGUGCAGUUUCUUGGUUUUUCAUGGAUCUUUGUCAACAUGACCGUGCGGCUCUUUAUCUUUGGCCAAGAUUCUCUCUACGACACAUUUCACACCAUAUCAGAUGUGAUGUUCUCCUGCCAGAUCCUGGCAGCAGUAGAGGUCCUCAAUGCAACUUUCGGUGUAGUCCAGACAGGUGUUAUUCCAACUUUUAUACAGGUGGUUGGAAGAAAUUUUAUCCUCUUCAUAAUUUUUGGUAGUUUGGAAGAAAUGCAUAACCAGCCAGUUGUGUUCUUCGUUUUCUAUCUGUGGAGCACCAUUGAGAUUUUUAGGUAUCCAUUUUACAUGCUGGGCUGUUUAAAUACAGAGUGGAAAACUCUCACUUGGCUGCGGUACACAAUCUGGAUACCACUGUACCCAUUAGGUGUUAUAGCUGAAGCUGUUGCUGUGAUACAAUCCAUUCCCAUCUUUGACGAGACCAAACUCUUCAGCAUUCCUCUGCCAAAAGCUGUCGGUACCUCCAUCAGCUUCUCUUACGUCCUUCACAUCUAUCUUGUACUCAUGUUUCUGGGACUUUUUAUCAACUUACGUCAUCUUUACAAGCAAAGGAAGAGGCGUUUCUGUACCAAGAAGAGGAAAGCAAAUUGAGCAAAAAUAUUCCUGACACCUUUGCUGCCUGCUUAUUUCUGGAUGACAUGUUUUAAAUGAUCAUGGACCAUGCUCCUGUCAAAUUAAUUCUAGUUUUUCUUAUAAAAGUUUUUCUUUUUCCGUUGGCUCUCACGGAAAUGAUUACAUCUGUGGUCAAAAUGGGCAUCCUACAGAUGAUGCAAUAUUUCAUCAUUGCAUUGAUGUCUCUUUUACUGGUGAUUGAUUUCUCUUAAGAUGUGAAUUCUAAGUAUUUUGUAGAAAGGGGAAGAGCUAUAAUAAGCCAUAGAAUUUGA